AUGGGAGAUGUUAAUUUUGGGACUGAGAAGGAUGAGGAAUCGUACGACCCAGCGGCUCGAGAAGCUGAGCAAAAGGAAAUGGCAAUUCUCCUUAGUAAGGUCAAUGUCUCCGCGCUUCUCUCUCGAGCCAGUUCCUUGCGUGACGGCGUUCCGUGCUCAUUGACCCGGCCCCUUCAGUAUGAUCGAUCGGCGCGUUCCUCUGUAAUGGGCGGUAUGAAUUACCACAUCGAAAUCCAGUUUCAGGAUGGACUCAGCUGGCUUGCACGUAUUCGAAGAUUGAAUGCAACUUCACCGCCGCCAGACCUACGGGCUUAUAUUAUGUGCAGCGAGGUGGCGACUCUGCAGUUCCUGAGCAAGACAAAAAUUCCCGUUCCCAAGGUUUUUGAUUACAACCUUGAUGAAAAAAACCCUAUUGGGGUUGGAUAUAUCUUGAUGGAAAAAAUGGCGGGUCGGUCGCUUCGCUGGUCUCUUCUCUCGGCAGAGCAGAAAAGGAAAGUCAUGAGUCAGCUAGCAGAUAUAUAUAUCGAAUUGCAGCGGUUUCCAUUCGAUUUGAUGGGUUCUUUGGACCAACCAGGAACUGAACGUGUUGGAUUUUUCGCGCGGGAAUCAUUGACCGACUACAAAAACUCUCAUAUGCUACCCAUGGGGCCAUUUCCUUCUUCCAGAGAGUACCUACUUGCAAGCAUUCAAUUGACACUGGAUCUGAUUAUGAGAGAAGAGUGUUUCAGUCCGCGAGCAAUCGAUGCCUACUUAGUUCAUCGCUUUCUCCUCGACUCCGUUUCGAAGAAAAUAUUCUGUCCUGGUCGUGCCGAUGGGCGGUUCUACUUACGGCAUGCAGAUAACAAAGGUGACCACAUUCUCAUUGAUGAUGAAUAUAAUAUCACAGGGAUCGUGGAUUGGGAAUGGGCCCAUACAGAUGUAAAAUCCGCGGCCUUUAAUUCUCCGGUAAUGCUACUUCCUGUUGCUGAUUUCUAUGAUGGAAAAAAUCAACUGGGCGAAGAUGAGGUGGUCUUUGCCCAGUUAUUAGAAGACAAAGGGCAUGAAGGUCUUGCGGAAAUCGUGAGGGAGGGGCGAAUUCUCCACAGGUUUGAAUUCUGUCAUGGAUAUGAUGUCGCUGAUUGGGAGGGUUUUCUAGGCAUUUUUCAAGGUCUUAGGAAGGCGUUGGGUGUUGACGGAGACUUGGAAUGGGAAACGUGGAGAGAGAAGGCUUUAAGUAAUUAUCGGGAUGAUGAUCAACUAAAAAAGUUGUUGCUCGCUGGGGAUUUGUCGUCGACAUACGGCUGA